UUUAAAGACGUCGAUUAUCUCGCACGUGUUAGCAGACGACAAGUUUUGUAGCAGAAAGAGCAAGGUUGUAACUGGCGUGAAGAAGAACUAUAGCAAAUCAUGCAGCAGGAAGACCAGGUUGUUGAAGAAGAGUUAGUUGUGAAUGAAGAUGAUGAAGAGGAAUCACUAUUCCAGGACAUAGAUCUUCUGCAGAAUCAUGGAAUUAAUGUAGCUGACAUAAAGAAACUGAAGCAAGUGGGAAUAUGUACCAUAAAGGGAAUCCAAAUGACCACAAAGAAAAGACUUUGUGCUGUAAAAGGAAUUUCUGAAGCAAAAAUGGAAAAAAUCAAAGAAGCUGCAAAUAAGCUCUGUGAUCCAGGUUUUUUGACAGCUUUAGAGUAUUCAGAUAAAAGAAAAGCUGUCUUCAGAAUAACGACCGGAAGCAUAGAAUUAGAUAAACUUUGUGGAGGAGGAUUAGAAAGCAUGGCAAUCACUGAAGCUUUUGGUGAAUUCAGAACAGGCAAAACACAGCUGUCUCAUACAAUGUGUGUAACAGCACAGCUUCCUGGAGCCAAUGGAUAUACAGGGGGCAAAGUGGUUCUUAUUGAUACAGAGAAUACCUUUCGUCCUGACAGACUGAGAACCAUUGCAGACAGAUUUAACCUAGACCAGAGUGCUGUAUUAGAUAAUGUUAUUUAUGCCAGAGCUUAUACAAGUGAACAUCAGCAUGAGUUAUUGGAUUUUGUAGCUGCUAAAUUUUAUGAAGAACCAGGAGUUUUUAAACUUUUGAUAGUAGAUUCCAUUAUGGCUUUGUUCCGAGUUGACUUUAGUGGCAGAGGUGAACUAGCAGACAGACAACAGAAGCUAGCCCAAAUGUUAUCAAGACUUCAGAAAAUCUCAGAAGAGUAUAAUGUGGCAGUGUUUAUAACCAAUCAGAUGACUUCUGACCCAGGAGCAGCAUUAUCUUUUCAAGUUGAUCCAAAGAAACCUAUUGGUGGAAAUAUUUUAGCUCAUGCUUCAACCACUAGAAUAAGUUUACGUAAAGGAAGAGGAGAAACUAGGGUUGCUAAAAUAUAUGACAGUCCUGAUUUACCAGAAAAUGAAGCCACCUUUGCCAUUACUGCUGGAGGAAUUGCUGAUGCAAAGGAAUAAUGAUCUGUUCUAUUGGAAACAAAUGUGGCAAUGUGUACAUUACAGUCUUAUAAACACUAUGCUCUUGUUUGAUUUAAUUGAGUACAAAUAAAAAAAGGUUAAAAGUGGUAAAUCUGUUAUCACAAAAGUUUGAUAAUGAUGAGAUAUGUGUUCAAUGCAAAAUUGUCUCCUUUUUAUUUGUUAUCUGUUUAUGAUUAAUAAUAUAUUUAUUAUGCAAUUCUUUUACUUUAAAAGGUCUUAACAUAAGUCAUGCACACAAUACUAUUACAAUUGUAUAAUCAAUGUACCCCUUUUCACAACAGCCAAGUGUAUAUUAGUGUUGUGUGUUACUGUUUGUUCAUUGAUUUGCCUCUCAUCUUCCCUCAACUGUCAAUUCAUUGAAACUUUUAAAAAUAGAUUUUAAUGAAACCAUCUCAGAUUGUUAAGUAUUUGAUAACAUUAUUCACAUCUUGCCAAGUGUGUUUCAAAUAAAAUGGAUGUGCCUGGCAUAGGAAUGAAGUGAGAACUUACAAAAUCUGUUUCUUUUUCUUUUCCAUUUAAUUUUAAUCAAGAAUUAUCUUUAAACCAUAAUUUACUAGUGAUGUAUGUCAGAGGUGUUAGUAUGUAUUUUUUGUAAGUGAGUGGUGUAAAAAUUCUGAGAACUUUGCUUUGUGAGAUAACCUGUCUAUCUGUCAAUUUGUUUUAUGUAUGAUUGUGUAUUCUUAUUAUUGUAUAUAUUAUGAUUACUAUUGCUGAGCAUUACAACUGUUAGUUUGUGUGAAUGGUGAAACAGUGAGUGCAUGUGUUAUUUUUUGAAGUGAGUGGUGUAAAUAUUCUGAAAACUUUGCUUUGUGAGAUAACCUUACUAUCUUUCAAUCUAUCUUAUGUAAGAAUGUAUAUUCUUCUUCUUAUUAUUGUAUAUAUUAUGAUUACUAUUGCUGAGCAUUAUUAUAAUUGUUAGAUUGUGUGAAUGAUGAAACAGUGAGUGUGUUAUAUUUUAUAGACAAAGCGUCAUCAAUAUCUGUGAUAGAAACCUGUUGAAACUUGUAAAUAAGUUGAAUUGUUGAAUAGUCUAAAACUAUUUUAGAUUUUUAUUGUUGAAAAAAAUACUGAUCCAUGAAUGUGAUAUUGUUCUGUUACUGUUAUAUUUUGAUACUGUUAUUUAUAUCUUGCUAUAUUUGUUGAUCAUGCCAUAAUUUUGUUUU